UUAGACUCGCCCUUCCCCCUUCAACCUGCACCAACAUCACUAGCCAAUGUAUCGUGUGGGCCUCAAUAGAAACUAACAAUCAUAAUAAAUAGACACUUAAGAUUACGAAUAGCAAUAGUUUUGCAUGCAUGCAGAAAUAAACGAAUAAUCCGGAUUUUCUUUUACCCAAGGAAGCGGCAGAGAGGCACGCUGUAAUAUAGGAUUUUUCAAUGUAAGAAAAUACCUGUAGUUCUACAGUUGGCAACAUUUGACAGAGGAGGAAGUCAGUUAGACAGGUAGACACGCAUUGAGUGGGACAGCAGCUAAACUGGCCGGAGCUGCUUUAAAAUUAGCAACCGGCAUUCGACGAGUAAGUUAGCUCUUUGCCCUGCUGGCUUAUACGUGCUAAUUUCCUUCAUGGUACUGCUAGCUUCCUUGUUAUUUAUCUAUCGCCCACGGGUGUGUGUCGGUGUGUUCCCAGUUGUGGAUGGCUAUGCGGCGUGUAACGAUGCCGUGGGGUGCCGGGUUUGUCGUGGCGGUGCUGUCGCUAUUGGCUGAACAGUAUCGGGCGGACGGCGGGGGCCCAAGCCUGGCUGAACGUGUAAUCUGGGCAGUGAAUGCCGGUGGUGAUGCUCACACGGAUCUGCAUGGUAUUCAUUUCAAGAAAGACCCGCUGGAGGGGAAAGUCGGUAAAGCUUCUGACUAUGGAAUGCGCCUGCCCAUCCUACGCUCUAGUCCUGAGGACCAGGUUUUGUAUCAGACCGAGAGAUACAAUGAGGACACGUUCGGUUAUGAGGUGCCAAUCCGUGAGGAAGGAGAUUACACCCUGGUUAUGAAAUAUGCAGAGGUCUACUUUGCCCAGUCCCAGCAAAAGGUGUUUGAUGUGCGGCUUAACGGUCACGUGGUAGUGAAGGACCUGGAUAUCUUCGAACGAGUGGGGCACAGUACAGCCCAUGAUGAGAUUGUGUCCUUCUCUAUCCGCAAGGGCAAGCUGAGUGUACAGAAUGAGGUGUCCACCUUCAACGGCAAGCUCACCGUGGAGUUUGUCAAGGGUUACUAUGACAACCCUAAGGUGUGUGCACUCUAUGUGAUGAAGGGGACUCUGGAAGAUGUGCCAAAACUCCAACCUCACCCUGGCCUUGAGAGGGGGGUAGAGGAGGAAGAGGAGGAGGACGAUGUAGAUGGAGGAGAGGAGGGGGGUAAGAAGAGUGCCUCGACGGUGCCCAAGCACAGGGUUCAGUCGGGACCACGAACGCCCAACCCGUAUGCAGCCGACAACAGCAGUCUGAUGUUCCCAAUUCUGGUGGCGUUUGGGGUCUUCAUCCCUACUUUGUUCUGCCUCUGUCGGCUGUGAGAACAAGAGAAUGGGGGAGGGGACUGGGGGAGGACUGGGGACAUGACGGACAAGAGGAGAGAGGGAGUAGAGGAAGGGGAGAAACCACGGAAGAGGCAGGUAUACAGACGCAAGGAAACAAAUGGAACAAGUGGAGGGGGAGAAAGAGGGCGACAGACACACAGAGGGGAGUGAGGGAGACUGGGAGUACUGACAGAGAUGGAGAAGGGGUGGGUAUGAGGGUCACCGCAGAAAUGGGUACAGCUGAAAAGGAUGCGAAACAAGGACAUAAAGUUUCCUACUCCAUCGACCAGGGAGAGGGAGAGAGGAGCUGAAAAGAGUGUGCUUGUGCAUGCAUGGGUGUGUGCAAGAAAGAAACUGACUGGUGACAACCAAACACAACACCACUGUUACAGACAAUGAAUCACUCCAAUCUCUCUCAAAUACACACAAGCGUAUGCACGGGCAUACGCAUACCAUACACACAUACAAUACAAGAAAGGACUGCUUUCAAACCAGAUUGUCGGGUCUUGCAGGAAAUGGAAAGUGCCAUACAUGGGGAUGUUGCUAGCAAUUAGCUGUCCCCUGCCAUACCUGUGAGUGCUGCUUUUAGUAUAGUGGUAAGGUAGAGGUGCAGAGGGGAUGGAAGUGUUGCAUGCUGCAGGGCGACAGAUCUUUCAGGGGAUGAGACUUGCUCUAAUUGAAGAGGUCCAUUACCAAUCCAGUAGAUUUCAGGGUAUGAAAACAAGGUGUGUGAUUGUGGGUUAUGCAAAAAGCAAGCAAGUGGAAAAAUAUAGCAGAUUCAGUAGAUGUGUGCUGUUUAUUUCAUACAUUUUCAUUUUUGCUUGCUUUUUUUUUUGUUUUGUUUUUGUUUUCAUCAAGUUUGUGCUAUAUAAUAUUUAACACAUGCCUGUUUUAGGUUGAUGAACCAGAUCUGAAUCUUCAUGCCACAGCUUGUUUGUGGGGAAAUGUACACAAGUCGGGAUGUUUCUGCUGAGAAUAUUCCACCACCAGAGUAACCGUGUACGUCGCUUCAAUUAAAUUAAUACGGGCCAUAGUGCACUCACUUGCUGCCUUUAAAAAAUUUUUCCCCCCCAAUAACUGGGCCCUUUUAUACCUCCGAUUAAAAUGGAAGACCAUCUUUGCUUACUGAAGCACAAAUAAUCUGUAUUCCCCAUAAACCUAAGAUGUUUAUUACUGUACAUUUCAAAAGGUGGGGGAAGCAAAAUAUCUUGCCUAUAAAAGGAAUUGAAACUCACAUUCCCAGUGCUUAAUAUGUGCUUUACAGUUCCUUCAAAUGUUUACAGUAGAUGAGAACUGCCCGCGACCUGAUGCUCUGGUUUGCAUGGAGUCCUGUAGCUAGCGUCUGUUUGGAGAGAGAAUUCACCAAAGACAGAUGGGCUUCCAGUUUGGGAAUUAUUGCAUUGGACUUGGGGAGAGUUCUAGAUUCUAGAUUUGUGUGCAUUUUUCUACCCUGGCAGAAAUGUUCCUUUAUCGAUGUCUUUGCCCCUGUUUUGGUACAGUCCUGAGUUUACUCUUGAAUUCCUGCCCAGUAAACAUAUGGUACAGUGGUGACCAAGACACCACUGUAAGAGGCAGUGAGGAAUAUGUAAUAUGAUCAAAUAAUGAGAUUCCAUAACAUAACGGUACAGCGCAUGGAAUGAGCCAGUUCAGAUCUUUAUUUCUGUCUUGGUGGUGAAGAGAUAUUUUAGUUUUUUUUGAAAGACAACAGUCCCUUGACGUAUCAUCACUGCCUCAUUUUCUUUCUUUUAUCUUAAGCUAUGCAGGCCUUCCGUAGUUUCUCCAAAGCAAUCCACUGUCUCAUGAUAUCUUGCAUUACAUGCUUGAGUAUGGAGCGUAGAGUUAAUUCUCACAUGCUUUGUUACCUCAGCCAUAGUCCCUACAGUCAAGGUGCAUUGCAGGAUGUCAUGCAACAGUCAUUUUGCAGCUAAUGCUUACAUUUAUUGUGCUGAUAUUAGAUUGAAGGGUAUUUCUGAGCUCUUGUAAUUACAGUUCAGAUUAUUGGUGAAGUAAUGAAUCUGAUAGAUACUGCAAGGUCAGUUGAGGAGAUGUGGUUCUACCUAUGUGCCUGUCUUGGGAGACAGACAAAGCAGCAGUGUUUAGUGGCUGCUAUAUCUGUCAUUUUGGUGGUGGCUUCAGAUUUUUUUUGGGGGGGACAUGACACUGAAUUUGAAUUAGAAUUAUGAAUUUCCCAUUUGGUGCAAGUUUAGACACGGUUAUAUAUCAGCACCCGACGGAGACACCAGUAAGAGUAAUUUCUGAUUGAUAACAUACUUUUUUUCAGGGGGACAUAGAACUUACAUAGAAUUUGAUUGUUGCCAUUCCCCAUCAUUUUUUUUCAUUACAAUCCCUAUUUUUAUCUCUUAAUUUCACUUUGUUCCAGUGCCCCUUUAAUUGCUGCAUCUCCAAUAUCCUUUUCUCCCUCUAAUCUUAAAAACUUCCUCCUCAAUCUACCGGUUAAUCAGAUUGAGUGUGAAGCGAGAUUUAGUUUAACGACUGCUGUGUAUCCCGGAAGGGGGUGGAUUCUGUCUGUCUGUCAAGGCAUCUUUUUCUCUGUAUUCGUGUGUCUGGAACACAGCCUUUGAGAAUACAGGACAAAUAUCCUCUUGAAUGCAGUUCAUUUUCAUCUUUUAUGUUCUGUGAACUUAAAUACCAUCCUGAUUAGAGUCCCAAGUCCACCUAGCCAAAUGGAGUUAUUGAUGAUCCAGGUCUGUGAAAUGACCCUUAAUAACUCCAGGUGAUUAGGCAGGACAGUUUGCAGCAGAAGGGGAAAACACUGAUUUGUGCCAUCCUUUCAGGUCCGUGAAAAGAUAAAACAAUCAAACAGAAGCACCUUUUUUCUUUGUCUGAAAACAAAAAGUAAAUUUAAAUCAGCACCAAAGUUGGAAGCUUUUCUCUUUGUUCUGGCAAAUGAAAAUCUCUACACAGUGCGUGUGUAUAUAAGGUACAAAAUCACACUUAUUAUAGUGUGUUGAGGUUGUUUUUGUUUUUUUCUUUAAGUCUUUCUUAUUGAGGCAUUAUGAGUUUUUAAAUGACUGUCUUAACGACGGCAAUCUAGCCUUUCUGUUAUGGUUGUGAAUGGAGUGGUCAAGAACAAAUGCUGGACAAACAGUCUAGUAGACACACUGACUGGUGGUCAGGAAGUUGGAGAAUGAGGCUAAUCUGAAAAUGUGGGUCACUUUGCUUUUUUGUUGUAUAAUUUAAAAAAACAGGAUUAAUAAUAUUGAUCAUUGAUUAAUUGAUUUGCAACUUUUUAAUUUUUCCCUCAGGAUCUUGGUUUGUUUGAUUUUAUCUUUUACAAUGACAUUAUUUUAUUGGUGUGAAUUUUGUUUAAUUUUUUUUUUUUUUUUUGCACUGGUGUUAUUUUUAAAGAGCAUUUUCUUCUCAUUUGUGUAUAGUUUUGAUUUGAUUCCUUGUUGCCUUGAUUUUGAAUACAUGCAAACAUGCUUUACGAUCCUUUGUUCUGUGACUGGUUUUGUGUGGAUUCAUUAUUUUUCAGUUUGCAUGGUCAUUCGAUCACUCCUGAUUUCAUUUUGGUUUUAAAUUAAUCAGCUAGUACUAUACCUUUUACCUGUCAUUGAGAGACUGUGGUACUCACACUCCUGUACUCAGCAGACUAAAGUACAUGCUUUAACACUCCACUUGGGAACCAAAGACACAGCCACUAACCUGACAGGAGAGAUUGUGGGGUGACUAAACUACGGGCACACCAUUCACAACUACUCUACUUAAAAUACAUCGGUGUAUUGAGUAUAUAGCGUGUACUCUUGCCAUCGUAUCCACAGAUUGUAUUCGGGUCUGACUGGAAGUGUGAGUUGGUGAGAAACUUAUGACUGCUAUGAAGGCUUGUAGAAUAGAGUCCAUCUUCCCCUAUUGUUCUCUCUCCGUUUACAGUCUUAAAACACCAAUGACGGACAGAUUAAAAGUUAGAAAAAUCCCCCUUCCCGCCACCACAAUCUCUACUCUUGUCAAAAUGCAUCUAAAUUGGGAACUGUUGACUAAUGUUACUUAAAAUUUGCUUCUUUUUAAUAAAUGUGCUAUUUUAUCUAAA